UGUACACAACCGUGUUUUUGUAUUGUGUUUUGCAGUGUUGCUUGCCAGAGGACAGGAAAUUGAGCAUAAGAGAGAAAAACGAGCCAUCUGGAACUUUGCUUGGAUGAUCUGGAAAGUCGUGGGAAUAAAUCCGGCAGAGUACAGCGGCUACGGCUGUAACUGUUUAUCAACCGGUCAUGGAAAACCAGUCGAUGAUGUGGACAGGUGCUGUCAAGCUCACACCAAAUGCUACGAGCAAGUCAACAAAAUGAGUUGCUCACCGGAUUGGGACCCGUAUUAUUUCUCCAUCAGAGGAAAAGCCAUACGCUGCACCCGUGGCGGACCGCCGUGCGACGUCCACACGUGCCUCUGCGACAAGGCUGCCGUGGAGUGCUUCGCUCGCAGCCACUUCAACCGACGCUACCGCAAUUUCAACCGAAAGAGAUAUUGCAAAAAAGAAGACGACUAGGCACACCGGUCACAUUUAAUGCAACCGCUUUCACAUAUGAACAGUGACAUUCCCAUGUAAUAUACGAGUUUACCCGAGAUCAACAUGAUAACGUAUAAAAAAAUAUUACAUACAACUGCAAAUCAUAUAUACAUUGUAACAACAUUAUUUAGACUUAAUUUGACUUCUGAAUCAAGAUUUCAAUCUCAACUAAAUUCAAACAAUGAUUAUUUACAUGCUGUGUUGAUCAAAUAUACGUGUGGGCCGUUUUCCUCAUUCGUGUGUUCAGUAACUCUAGUUGGUAAUAACAAACCAAAAAAUGGGCUGUUUAAAACUAUCUUGAUCAUACGUGACUGCAAAGGUGUGAUUCUCUUGGUUAUAUUCUCUAGUAAUCCAGUUGUCAAAUUGUGUGAUGAUACCGCAUUUGGCAGUGGGGCAAAAAUACUCAAUUAGCAAAGAAACAACACGCCUUCGUCAAAAACACUGCCUUUAAAAAAGUUUAGGAAAUGUCUUUGGGCAAUGGCCGUUCUUCAGAGAACACGUGCCAUUUCCCAAACCAUAGCCUAUCACAGUACAUUACUGUAUACACUUUAUUAAGGUUGUUUUAUUGUCAACCGUGUUCAUUUACCUUUUGGUGACGGUUAAACAUACUUGCUGAUUUCUUUUUCUUCCAUGUCUAAAUUUCAAAUUUACAGCAUUGUAUUUUGGGAAAUGAUGUCAUUGACGGUGUGGGCUUAAUGGUUGUGCUGUGAAUGUCAAAUACAAUAAACAGUUCUAAUCAAAUGCUGGUGCGUAUAACUUGGGUGAAAGGAGUUGUGCAAUACAUUUGAAGACCCUACAAAUGAUAACUGUGCGCAGAAAAGUCACAAUUAAAAAAAUCACACAGUAAAAAUCUACUCGAUUGGCAUCAUCACCAUCAGCCACAAUCAAUCCACUGCUGGAUGAAGGCCUCCACAUGCCAUAUCCAUCACUCAUUCUGCGAUGUAAUAAGUACCUGCACAUUACCUGAUUUCAUAGUUUCGUCUACCAAGUAGAUCCACAGCUCAGACACUUUGUGCUCCUUGGGCUGCCAUUCCGUUAUUAUUUCUUAUAGUUCAACGUUUGAUUCACGACAUGUUGUGCAUAGCUAUGGUGAGAUCAAGGUGUUCUGUU